AUGGAUGAUUGCAAGGCAGUCGCAAGUCCAGUCGACAUGAGCUCUCGACUUGUUUCAAGUGAUGCAACUACCAAGGUCGAUGCUCCUUUUCGCGAAGCUGUUGGUGCGUUGAUGCACCUGACCACUGCAACGCGUCCGGACAUUGCGUUUGCUGUGGGCUAUGUGUCGCGGUUCAUGGAAAAUCCCCAAGAAGAACACUGGGUUGCAGUUAAGCGUAUCUUUCGCUACCUACAAGGCACCAAGACGCAUGGAAUUUGCUACAAGCCAAGUGCAAGGAUCGACUUCCGUGGAUAUUCGGAUGCGGAUUGGGCUGGUGAUCUUACCGACCGCAAGUCAACAUCGGGGUACACGUUCAUGCUACUCGGUGCGCCAGUCAGUUGGGGCAGCAAGAAGCAGCCAAGUGUUUCGUUGUCCACGAGUGAAGCCGAAUACAUCGCACUCAGCUUGGCGAUUCAAGAGGGCAAGUGGAUUCAUCGUCUGCUUUGUGAGAUCGUGAUGGCUGCCAAUGAAGAAGGACCGGAACUCAUGAUCCAUGAAGACAAUCAGUCGUGUAUCAAGAUGACGAAGAACCUAGUCAACCACGGCCGUGCCAAGCACAUUGAUAUCAAGUACCAUCACAUCCGUGAUGAGGUCAAGCGCGGUGAAGUGAAGCUCAAGUACUGUGAAACUGCGGUGAUGUUAGCGGACAUCAUGACGAAGGGACUUCACGGGUCACGCCACAAGGAGAUGACGGCGACUCUCGGGAUUCGUGAGCAUUCGGAUUGA